AUGUCACCAGACCCAACUCAAUCAAAGCAGUGGAACCUUUUCGCUUCUGCUCCGCCAACCGUCAGGAAUGGUCAUCAGCACGAGGUCCUCAUAGGGAAUCUGCUCGAAGGCAGCUCAAGCUACAUUGCGGCAUCCGAAGUCUUCCCAAGAACCUAG